GGAGGGGUCCAGGUCCCUCUCCACGUGGUCAGGGGUCCUGCCAAAGCGUGGGGACCGCGGGGCGGGGUCUCCACGCUUAACCCUGGGUAGCCCGUGUGUCCCCGCCCAGCAGGGGGAGGUCUGAGCAGGGGACGCUGGGCCUCGCUCCCCUCCACCCCCACCCGCAGGUCCCCGCAGAGAAGGCCCCCAGUCCCAUCCAGACGCCCCCGGGAAGGUCCCCGCCUCGGUCCAGGCGCGCCGUGGCCCGGCACAGCAGCCGGCCGCGGCCCUACCUUAUCCAGGAAGCACAGCUUCUCCCGCGUCUUUGCGUCCAGAAUCUCCACCUCAAAGAAGAGAACAGCCUUCUUAGGCCUCUUGGCUGUCUUGGGGGGCGCGGGUCGGGGGAGGCUGUUGAGGCCCAGGAGGAGUCCCGGGCUGGCCUCUCGGGCCACCACGUUCAUGUCCAUGCCGCCCGCGGCCGCCCGCUCUGCUCUGCGCCCCCGUGGCCUGUGGCCCCAGCUGCCGGCCCGUCCGCCCCCACCGCAGACCUCCCCACUCGAAGCGGCUGGAGCCCGGGGCCCGCGGCCCGGGGCCUGAUCAAAUUCUGCCGCGGAGCUGGAAAGACGCCCGCGCCGCUCCUGGCGCAGCCCACUUCCCUGCCAGCUGUAACCCGAGUGGCACCACCACUGCCCAGCUAAAUAUAAAACCAUCCCGACUGAGCCCCUCUCCGGAGCCAGGCCACACACCUCCUCUGUGGGGUCCCUGGGGAGACCCCAGAGCUGGGUCACCCUCAGUCAGCAGCUUUGGAGACUGCCCGGCUGCCCAACAGUCCCAGGGACAGUGAGAGGCCCGGAGUCAUGCAGGGGGGUGCUGCCCAGCCCCCAUACCAGGGCCGGGGUUGAGAGGGAAAGGCUGCGGAGCUCACUGGGCUGGGAGAAAUCCCAGCUAUUCUGAGAAUGCGCGAGAGCUCCUGCGUUUCCCCGCCGAGCCGCGAGACACCCUGGAUCAGCAUCCCUGUGCUGAGCCGUGAGACACCCUGGAUUAGCAUCCCCGUGCGUUAGUGCUUCCAGGGAGGCGACAGAUUCCGCAGUGACUGGUGCAGAGCUGCACUCUCCACUCGGUGCGGAAAGGGGUCAGAGACAAGUUUCAGGCCACCGCCCGCCCCCCACCCCCUCCCAGCCAGGGGCCAUGGAGGGCACCCCCAGCCACUCGCCUGGAGCCAGGGGAGACAGACGGACUGCAUCAGAGCCUCCCCCAAAGGACAGGCCUGGGUCUGGAUUCUGGCUGCCCACGGCCAGCGGGUCACUCUGGCAUGGGGCCUGUCUGCCCAUCGGGACCUCGGCGCUGACACAGAAGCAGGCCUGGGCAGCAGACCAGGCCCCGGGACGGAAGGAAGGAGGGGAAGGUGCAGACAGACAGACGGCCGUCGAGGGCCCGGCCGCCUGGGAAGGGAGACGGCGGCUUGCAGAGGAAAGGGGUGCCUGCCGCCCCACUGGCCACCGAGAGGAGGCUGGACGGGAUCCAUGAGCUCAACAGACGCGCUGCACAGGAGAGGAGGGCAAGGAGGCACCCACAGGUCAGUCCCACCCACGGGAGCCCUCCGCACACAGCAUGGCAGGUGCACCAUGAACUGCUGCCUUCACAGCCACCCACACCCUCCUGCAGAUCAGGGAACUGAGGCUCAGCUGCCCACGCGGUAAAGACAGACCGAGCGCCCCCACUAUAGACCUGGCCCUGUUCUGGGCUCUGGGGCUCCAGCCUCAGCAGCAGAAAUGCAAAUCCUUUCCCGCGGGGAGCUGGCAUUCUAGCAGGGAACCGGUGAUAAAGCAGUUAUGCCAAGUACGUCCGAAGGUGACGUGUGCUGUGGAGAAACGGGAAGGGGGAGCAGUGAAGGAAGGAGCUGCUGAGAUAUCUGGGUGCGCACACCAGGCAAAGGAACAGCCCUGGGGUAGCAGCACGCUUGGUGUGCUCAAGGAGGCCUGUGUCCCUGGAGGGCGUGAGUGAGGGGAAACUGGGGGAAGACGAGGGCAUGGAGGUGAGCCGGCAGGUCGCGGAGGGCCUUGUGGGCCACAGGGAGGACUUGGGCUUUUACUCUGGGUGAAGUGGGAGCCAUGGAGGGUUCUGGGCAGAGGAGGGACGUGACCUGACUUGGGUUCCAAAAAGCUCCCUCCGGACUGCAGGGGAAUAAGAGUGGAAGCAGGGAGCCCAGUAAGAGACUGUAACCAUAAUUCUAUUGCAAUCAUGAUGGCUUAGACCAGGGUUCAGCAAACUGCAGGCUUAGGGCCAACUCUGUUCUGCCACCUGUUUCUGUACAGUCCCUAAGCCAAGAAUGGUUAUCACUUUUUUAAAUGGUUAGGAAAAUAAAUCAAAAGACGACGAAUGUUUCAUGACUCGAGAAUUGUAUGAAACUCAAACUUCAGUGCCCAGCAGUAAAGCUUUACUGGAGCACAGCCCUCCUCCUUGGCAGACGUCAUGUCCACGACGGCCAUCGUGCUGCCACAGCACCGCGGACAAGUGACCACAGGGACCUCGGGCCCAGAAAGCCGAACGUGCUGACUAGGCUGCCGGCCCCUGGCCUAGAGCUGGUGGUGGAAUGACAGUGACAAGAAAUGGUUAGUCCCAGAUGGGUCGCUGAAAGCUGAGCUAUGGACUUGCAGGCUUUAUUCAGAUGUGAGAGGACGGGCACAGACGGAAUUCAGGUGCUGGAAAGAUGCAGGUUUGGGAGGAAAGAUUUGGAACUCAGGGUUGGCUCCAUUAAGUUCGAAAUACCCAAACAUCCUGAUUAUAGCUACUCCUCCCAAGAAAACUGGGAGCCCCAGCCCCGGGACCCUCUCUGUUCACCCAGCUUCCUGAUGCACAGUGAAGUCCUGGAGCAAGUGUGAACCCCACACCACACCAUCCCAACUCAGCAGGGCCCCCGAAGGCAGGCGAGGUUCCCAGCAGGCCCCAAGAUGAUGUGGCCCAGCUACGGCCAGGGUGCCCUGACCACGUGCAAAGGGACGGAAGAAUCCGGAAGGGCCCAGAAAGCGGCACUGAGCCCUGAAGCCCGUCCGGGGCAGUUUGUGAAUAGCCAGUUGGCACUGCUCACAUUUACAGAGCCAGGUUCGAGCAGCGAUAGGCCUGCGAGCUGCUGAGCGUUCUUCAUCCCUCGGCUAGUGGGUAGGCUGGGAAGUGCCUGGGGCCCCUCUCUAGCUCAUCAGCUGACCGGGGAUGGGGGGGCCCCUCUUCUCCCACAGCCCACUCGAAAACCACAGGGAGCAGCUAGAGCUGCACACUUCCAGGCACAAGUAUGUGCGAGUUAGAGCGAGGGACCCCCCCAGGAAGUUAAAAAUAAACCACCCUCUGAAAGUUCAUCUCUGAGGUAAAACCAACAGAAAAGAGGCUUUCACAAAAAAAAAAAAAAAGAAAGAAAAAAAAAAAGCAUUUCCCGAAAUGCUUUUCCAACCCCAAAAGCAUUUUGGGGAGGCCUGUACGUGAAGAGAUCAGCAGCCCCCACCUCAGAACACAGUGCUCCCCAAUUUAACAGGAAAGGGUCAGAGAGACUUAAGUAUCGAAACGGGGACCCCAAGCCCAGAAAAACCCAAAUGACUGCUCCCCUUCUGGAUUAAUCUAGGUGAAAAAAAAAUACAGAAAACAGAUGCAGACACUAGGAUCCAACCUCCCAGGUUUAAUAGAUAUUUAGGUUUUCUUCUAUUUACUUCAGAUACUUUUUUUUUCAUAUAAAACAAGGCAGCUCACUCUCUGCCGCUCUUUGCUUCUGAGAAGAUGGCAGUGCAGCCGCCCAAGUCAAGUGCUGACUGUAUGUUUGGGUAACAGUUGUUGAUUACCCACUGCAGAAGUGCAGAAGCAGUUUCAGCAAACUUGUAACUGAUCAAAAUAUUUCAGAUAACUGGAGGACAGACAGUGCCACAAAAUCCACUUACGAGAUAGGAAACCCUCCUGAUUAUCGAGGGCAAAAUUGCGUGAUGAAGUAUGAUAUUCCCAAGACUCAUGUGGCCCGGCAGGUUACCAAAGAAGACUCAGCCACAUCUGAUCACAUACUACGUAUGGAUGAAAGCAGUCUGAGAGAUCUGAAUAGAAAAGGUAGUGAAGGUAAAAACUGCAAAGCGAAAACUGAACUACUUGGGAGCUACGAUCCACAAAAACAACUUAUUAUCGAGGAUCCCUGUUAUGGGAAUGACUCUGAUUUUGAGUCUGUGUACCAGCAGUGUGUUAAGUGCUGCAAAGCAUUUUUGGAGAAAUCACAGUCAAGUUGCAUCCAUUCAUUGCUGAAGGCCAACAAUGAUUAACAUCUUAACAGUGAUGUUCUAGGUUUUUUAGUUAAUCAGUGUGUUAAAAGUGUAAUGCUUCAUAGCUCACGGCCACAACUUUUUCUUUUCAAUUGACUUAUUGUUUUUCAUCUUAAAAAAUAAUUGCAGAUGGAAAUCCAUGUUGUGUUUGGCAGAAGAAUUAAUAAAAAUCUUUGAUUCAGACAGUUUAUGGGGUAUAUUAAAUAUUCUUAAACAAACUGGACCGCUUAUCUAGCCCCAACUACAAAAACAGUGGAACAAACAAAAUAGUAGAACCACAAAAUACUAUGUUCUGUGUGUGUUUUGUAACAAUCAUUUCUUUCCAGAGUUUAACCUCAAGGUACUAACCCAGCAACGGCUAGCGUUCUAAUAUGCUUGAUAAGUAAUUAAAAUAUCACUUUCGGGCCCAAGUCAAUAUCUGAGUCCACUGAGACUUUUAAAUAAUCUACCUCUUUAUUAAGUAGAUAUGUAUAACUUGAUGGAUAGAUGUCCUCUAUUUACCUAUAAAACUUCUCUUUUUACCCCAGGGUGUCUUACUGGAUUAGAAAUCCCUAGUCAUAGAGCUUCAUCAUCUUGCUUAGAAGGAUUCUGAUUCACACAUACUCAGAGUGCAAACCUGUAUGUCACAAGGAUAGGAAAGAAAAUGAUUUAUGGUAUGGAAUAAAGCUUUAGCAUUGUUCUAAAUUUUUUUUCAUGAGUCAGUUUUUUUGUUCCCAUUUGGACCACCUUGCCUCUGAAAAUUUAUUUCUAGAAAGGACACUGUAUGCUGUUUCAUCUUAU